AUGAAACCAGCUAAAGAGAACGACGUGCUACCCGACAACCCGUUUUUCAUACGCAAAUCUAUCGAAGCUGCAGUAGGUACCAUCGAAGACGCCCGACCAGAAGCUAGAGGAACGCGGUACGUGUUGAAAGUUCGACAAAAGCGGCAAAUUGAAAAACUGCUCGCCUUAAAACAGCUUAUUGAUGGAACAGCGAUCUGUAUCGAGCUACACGGAACACUAAAUAUCAGGAAAUGUAUAGUAUCGUGUCAAUAUGGAUUGAACCUUCCCGACGACGAACUGACAUCGCUUCUAGGAAGUCAACGUGUAAUUGAAGUACGUCGCUUCACCAAACGAGAUCCGAAGGAUAAAAAGACGUUUAUCCCUACUAAUACUAUGGUACUGACAAUUCAAGGAACAACAAUCCCUGAUUUUCUUUAUUUCGGAUAUGUAAGGGUCAGAACUCGACCCUAUUAUCCAGCACCUCUACAAUGCACUAGGUGUCACAGAUUUGGUCAUUCCAAAAAGUUCUGUACGGAAAAGGAAAUAUGUGCGGAUUGCUCUUCGGAGCAUGCUGAAUCUACACCUUGCGUAGCUGAUCCCCUCUGCGUAAACUGUAGCGGGCCCCACAGCUCAAGAUCAAGGGAUUGUCCGGUUAAACUCGCCGAGGCUAAAAUUGUUAAAAUUAAAGUUGAUCAAGAUGUAUCGUACGGCGAAGCUAGAAAAAGACACCAAGCGACAAUAGAAAGUAAUGACCAGGAGCCAGCAAUGAGCUCGAGUCCAUCCAUCAAGGAUCUACUGAAAAAACUAGACGAGAAAGAUCAAGAAAACGCCAAGUUAAGGAUGCUUUUGCAGAAUCUAAUCAAAGAAGUUGCAGAUCUAAAGAAAAAUAAUCAUCCAUCUGUAUUAGCUACAACAGAAAUACCAGAACAGCUUACAAUGGACACAUCAGAAGAGCAGAAAGUCUCCAAACGACAACGAAGCAAAGAUAUAUCACCGACUGUCCUGCAAGGUAAUGGAAGAAAUUCACCCCCCUUAAAGAAGUCUUCCAGCGCAACAUCCCAGGUAAAUCCACAAUCCGCUCCCAACAACGAAGAAGAAAUCAAACACACGAAGAAAAACCAAAAGAAACAUAGUCACAGCCACUCCAAAUUUUGCAUUUCUCCCGAUCAUCAAAACGGGUCCAAUUGGUCAGAUCCAAAUAUCUAA